AGGAUGCCCCAAAUCUUCCCUAAGACUCGAAAACACUCCACCAUUCGCCUCUCCCGCGUUCCUUAGAAGCAGUUGACGUGCCAGCUGCGUAUUUGACGGCGCCAGUCGGCCCUCUAGACGAUCAGCUAGGACCCUUUUUCCUGUUUUUUCCCCCGUCGUUUGGUUUUGAGCACUACAGGGCCGAAGCCGGCGUGUGAGGAUGGGGGCCGGAGCGAGUGCAGAGGACAAGCACUCCAAAGAGCUGGAGAAGAAACUCAAGGAGGAUGCAGAGAAGGACGCCAGGACAGUCAAGCUGCUGCUGCUGGGUGCUGGAGAAUCAGGAAAGAGCACAAUCGUCAAACAGAUGAAGAUUAUCCAUCAAGAUGGUUACUCUCUUGAAGAGUCUAUGGAGUUUGUCACCAUCAUCUACAGCAAUACCCUUCAGUCCAUCAUGGCGAUUGUAAAGGGCAUGACUCAACUCAACAUCGGCUACGGUGACACCGCUCAGCAGGACGAUUCCAGGAAGCUCAUGCACCUGGCAGACACCAUUGAGGAGGGUUCCAUGCCCAAAGAGCUGUCUGACAUCAUCAUCCGGCUGUGGAAGGACACUGGUAUCCAGGCAUGCUACGACAGGGCCUCCGAGUACCAGCUUAACGACUCCGCUGGAUACUAUCUGAAUGACUUGGAGAGGCUGGUCCAGCCUGGAUACAUCCCCACUGAGCAGGACAUGUUGCGAUCAAGAGUAAAGACCACUGGUAUCAUAGAGACCCAGUUCGGCUUAAAAGACCUCAACUUCAGGAUGUUUGACGUGGGCGGCCAGCGCUCAGAGAGGAAGAAAUGGAUCCACUGCUUUGAGGGUGUGACCUGUAUUAUCUUCAUCGCUGCUCUGAGCGCCUACGACAUGGUGCUGGUGGAGGAUGACGAAGUGAACCGAAUGCACGAGAGUCUCCACCUGUUCAACAGUAUCUGCAACCACCGCUACUUUAUUGCCACCUCCAUCGUACUCUUCCUCAACAAGAAAGACGUCUUCACCGAGAAGAUCAAGAAGGCUCACCUCAGCAUGUGCUUCCCCGACUACGACGGCCCCAACACCUAUGAGGAUGCUGGUAACUACAUCAAGCUUCAAUUCCUGGACCUGAACUUGCGGCGAGAUAUCAAGGAGGUCUACUCACACAUGACCUGUGCCACAGACACAGAGAACGUCAAGUUUGUGUUCGACGCCGUGACUGACAUCAUCAUCAAAGAAAACCUAAAGAGUUGCGGUCUCUUCUAAGAGGCACGCCGUAUAGGGUGUUGGUUUUACCCCCUGAAUCCCAUCUCCUUCCCCUUUCAAACUGCGGGCAACAAUCUCCUCAAGAAGACCGGACGAAGGAGACCAACACAUCGACUGUCUCUGGAAGCUGCCAUUCACAAAUAUGAUACUACACACACACUGACAUGAAUUCAUACAGGCAAACGCAGCAUCAUAACCAAAGACAUUUCAGUGCAUGUGAGACCUGGAAAAUAGGUGUACUGUCAAAGUAAGAGGAUCUAUACUGUACAGAUUUAUGUUAUAAGUCAAUCAUAGUCAAGCUAUCAUCCUUUGCUGAAUGUCUUGAAUAGCAACUCCUUUUCAUUGCAGUGCUAUGCAACCUGUAGUUGAUACAUCGGCGCCAGUCAGCAGAAAGCGCUUCUUCUUCCCCCAGACAGUACAUUUGAAUAGGUGUAAGGCAAUGUAUCAUCUCUAUGCUCCAGUAACUGGCAUAUAAAGCCAUAAGAGAUGGACACGAGAUGGCCUCAUCACCUGCAGACGUAUUUCAACUUGUGUUACAAUAAGUUACGAAACCCAUUCAUCAGCAAAAAUGGGUUGUAUGUGUAGAACAGAUAUUGAGCUGUAUGUAUAGUGGGCAUAAUAUGAAAGACCUCAAGCUACAGGAGAGGACCAAUGACAUGAAAUCGGACCAACUCAUUCUUAUAUGUCAAACAUCACAGAUUUGUAAAGUUGAGGGUAACUUGUAUCUCGAACUAUUUCACUGAUGUAGUAAAGAUGCAGUAUUUUUAUGGAUGUAGCUUGGUCACAAACUCAUUUGAAUACCUUGUAGGUCUUUGGGCCACAUUCUGUACAGAAGUAAAACGUUGAAUGAAAUGUUAAUGUGAAAUCAGAAAUUAAGUUAAAGCUUCUGUAGAAAACUAACCUCUGAACUAAUUACUAAAUAAAUUCACCUCAAUAUUG